UCGUGUUGUGUAACGGUGAGGUUAUAUUGUGUGUUUUACGGUAUCUGCGGGGAGGAGCUGAACUUUCACAUCGGGAAGUUUACAUUCACAUGUGCACGGAGUGUGUGUGAAAGUGUGUGUUUAACACACAUCAAGCAUCAUCAUGUCAUCAAGCAAAGGGAAAGGCAAAGGCAGAAAGAGAGCGAGUGAAGGAGAAGGAGUCUGUGAUGAACCGGAGUCCAGCGGAGCGCUGACCGUCACUGACCCCACAGACAGAGCUGAAGAUAAAGCCCCUCAGCGCUGGCGUUCAUAUUUGGCUCAGAUGAGUGUGAACACCAUGAAGACUCUAAACAUCUGCAUCGGACGACCCGUCCUGAUCUCCAGCAGCACAGGACAGCAGCAGGUGUGUGUGGCGUGGCCGGCGGCUCAGUUUCCCGGCAGGCGUGUGGGUCUGCAGUGCAGUGUUCAGUCGGGUCUGAGAGUGAGGUCUGGGUCUCUGGUCACCCUGCAGCCGAUCACCGGAGCUGUUCUUCAGGCCGAGCAGGUGCAGCUGACGCUCAGUCCUGAAGACAAAGUGCUGCAUACGGAGGAAUUCAGGAAUUAUCUUCUGCGGACGCUGGACGGCCGGGUUCUGCUGCCGGGGGGCUCUGUGUGCGUCUCGUAUUUCGGGCGUCAGUGUGUUCUGGCUGUGGAUUCGGUGACGGGCGUCGACGGAGAGACCCUGAGACGCUCAGACGGAGUCGCUGUCGAUCUCUCCUCACGGCUGGAACAGCUGUCCAUCCAGCAGAGCACACCUGAGCGAUCACAUGACCCCUCACCCCUGACCCCUGAGCGAUCACAUGACCCCUCACCCCUGACCCCUGAGCGAUCACAUGACCCUUCACCCCUGACCCCGUGUGAGGUGUCAUUCACAGACGGUCCUCUGUCGGAGGGGUGCGGACGCUUGUCCACGGACACCUUCUACUCCGUCUGCAGCUCCUCCACACUGAGCCUGAGUGACCCCGGCGAGCGGGACCAGGCCGAGGAGGGGGGCGAGGGGUCAAAGGUCACGUACAGUAUGAUCGGUGGCCUCGGCGGUCAGCUGCAGGUCAUCAGGGAGACCAUCGAGCUGCCGCUCAAACACCCAGAGCUCUUCAAGAACUAUGGAAUCCCGCCUCCUCGAGGGCUGCUGCUGUAUGGGCCGCCCGGCUCGGGGAAGACCAUGAUUGGACGAGCCGUAGCCAAUGAAGUGGGAGCUCACAUGAGUGUCAUCAACGGCCCCGAGAUCAUGAGCAAGUUUUAUGGAGAAACUGAAGCCAGAUUGAGGCAGAUUUUCACACAGGCCUCACAGAGGCAGCCUGCCAUCAUCUUCAUCGAUGAGUUAGACGCUCUGUGUCCGAGGAGAGAAGGAGCUCAGAAUGAGGUGGAGAAGCGUGUUGUGGCCACGCUGCUGACGCUCAUGGACGGGAUCGGAUCUGAGGGUCACAGCGGUCAGCUGCUGGUUCUGGGAGCCACUAAUCGUCCUCAUGCGCUGGAUCCGGCGCUGCGGCGGCCCGGACGCUUCGAUAAGGAGCUGGAGAUCGGCGUUCCCGGCGCGGAUGGCCGGAGGGAUAUCCUGCAGAAGCAGCUGCGCUCCAUGCCGUGUGCCAUCAGCGCUGACGAUCUGCGGGGAAUCGCUGAAGCCGCGCACGGAUACGUGGGAGCCGACCUUGCCGCCGUCUGCAAGGAAGCUGGCCUUCACGCACUGAGGAGGGUUUUAGGAUCCAAACCUGCUCUCUCUGACGUCCAGGUGAUGAACAGUGUAAAGGUCACGACCUCUGACCUGAGGCUGGCCAUGACAGAGGUCAAACCCAGCGCAAUGAGAGAGGUGGCCAUCGACGUGCCAAAGGUUCGGUGGAGUGACAUCGGUGGGAUGGAGGAGGUGAAGCUGGCGCUGAAGCAGGCGGUCGAAUGGCCCCUGCGGCACCCCGAGGCCUUCAUCAGGCUGGGUAUAACGCCACCUAAAGGUGUCCUGCUGUACGGACCGCCGGGAUGCUCCAAAACCAUGAUCGCUAAAGCGCUAGCCAAUGAGAGCCAGCUCAACUUCCUGUCCAUUAAGGGUCCAGAGUUACUGAGUAAAUACGUGGGUGAAUCAGAGCGAGCGCUUCGAGAGGUUUUCCGGAAGGCCAGAACAGUUGCUCCAUCUAUCGUUUUCUUUGACGAGAUCGACGCUUUAGCAGCGGCAAGAGGAAGCUCUGGUCAGGCGGGUGGCGUUGCUGAUCGAGUGUUGGCUCAGCUGCUGACAGAGAUGGACGGAAUUGAACAGCUUAAAGAUGUCACGGUUCUCGCCGCAACCAACCGACCUGAUAUGAUUGACAAGUGCGGUGAGCAGGUAACUGGAUCUGUGGAGGGAGGAUGGGAGGAACGCAGCGCUGCGGAGAACAGAGGAACAAUCCUGUAAAUCCGGCACAAAGAUCCUGACAGCUAUCAGACUUCAAGCAGCCUGUCGGUGUCCGAUUGCAGCAUAGCUGAAAAACACAACUCAACCUCCUCUGAAACAUGAUUGGAGGAUAUUAUUGAAUAAAUCAUGUUCAGAAAUACAGUACCAAAAAACAAAACCUCUCAAGAACACGUGUAGGUCACAUUUCACUGGAAAUAAGCAAGAAAUUGUUUUGUGUAAUGAAAAUCAAGGCUAUUUUGGGGGAAAAAAAGAUUGUUUUUCGUUCACCUUUUUCAUUAUUGUAAUGUGAAAAUUGUCCCUAUCAUUAGGGUGAAACAUUUAAAAGAAAAAGUUCUUUUGUACAAUAAAAUAAAAAAUAAUGCAAAAAAUGUUUAUAAAAAAUUAUACAAAUGAAUAAAAAAAUAAAAUAAAAUAAAUAAAACUCAAUAAAAAAAUAAUAGCAAAACUAUUUUGAAAAAAGUAAUUUAAUUUAAAAAAUAAAAAUUAAUAUAAACUACUUUGUGUAAUAAAAUGUAAAUAAAUAAAAAAAAAUAAGGCAAAUGAAUAAAAAUACUACUGUAAAAUAAAAAAAAUGAAAAACAUUGAAAAAAAAUUAAUAAAAAAGACCUUUGUGUCCAGUGUCCAGGAUGAUUUGCAGGAUUGUAAUGAGAACGAGUAAUGAGAAUUUGAAAGUAAAUGUUUAAUUAUCAAGAAAAUAAUGUUCCUGAUCUUAAAACAGGCAUAAUUUUCUUAAUGCAAAAUAUAUUUUAUAUAAUUCUUUCGAUUUGAGGGUGGAAAUUUUUUUUUUUUCUUUGUUCAGUUCACCCAACCAAUUAAUUUCGUCAACUUUUAUUUUUGCAUACUUUGUUCUUUGACUGAUAAUUUCCAAUAAUUUUUUUUUUUUGUCAUUUUUAAAUCAAGACAUAUUUACUUGAGACGCAGAAUGAAACGAGUCUUUUUUUCUAAGAAAUUCAUCAAAAUGAAGUAAGUUUAUGGUUAAAAUGAGAUCAAAUAUCUGCCGAUAGGGUAAAAAAAAAAAAAAAAAAAAACUUGAUUCAAAACAGAUCUAUUUUUCUGACCCCACUGUCAGGUAUUGGUUCUGGUUUUUGAUAUUUGUAGUUUUGAGUUUGAGUUUUUGCGGUGGCGCUGUGGUUGUUGUGUAGUUCUGGACUGGAGCGACGGUUGAAAACAUUCUCUUUGCACUCAGCUCAACGGAACUGGGUUUAGAUGACACAAAAGAUCAGGCGGCGCACACACACACACGGCGCUUCCGCCGCUCGGCUUAGCGCUUUACAGAGACGACAGAUCGAGCGAGGCAGGAAAUGAAGGCUCUUUGUGAGGAAGAUCUGCCAGGAUUUCCAGCAUGUGCAGUCUUGCCUUUCGGCUGAUCAGACCACCACAACUGCAGCCAGGAAAUCUCCCUCCUCAAGAUUAAAGCUCUUUCUGCUCGUCUGCCUGCCGUCCCAUUCCAGCAGAUGAAGUUAAAAACCUCCUCAUAUAUUGAAUAGAAAUGUUAAGCAGGAUCACAUUUGUUUGGAUUGAAAUAGAUUUUAUUUUUGUAUUUGCUGU